UUCCAAUUUUCUGUAUACUUUUGAAACAGAAUUGUAAUUAGUUUUCCACUUUAACAAAAUGGAAUUUUCCAAAAAUAUUAAUUCGAUCUAUCCAAUUUCCACCCCUAAACGGUUCUCAAAGUGAUUGAUAAGUUAAUACAAAAUUACGAAGAACCAACUUUGUCAACUUUUUGGACAUGAACGUAAUUUGUUCAAAGUCUAUGGGCUUAGUUGUAAUUACACUAAUUUCAGACGGUAAUAACAAAAAUCGUUAGAAAAAUAAAGAGAAUCAACGACUGCAACGGUCAGAUGCCGAAGAAAGCACAGCUCCCAAAUCCAUGGCGAUGAUGUUGUCAAGAGCAUUCAAAUCGCUGAAACCCCAUUCAAAUUACGAUCCUACCCUUCUCCCCUUUCCCAUCCCACCAGAGAAAUCGUCGCAAAUCCCAUCUCGAAUUUCGCCCAAAUCAUCGCCGACGACCAAACCCUCGUCGUCGAUUUCAAUUUCGUCGCCGCCGAGGAAUUCAUGGACCGUGUAUCUAAUCGUCUCCACCAAUCCGCCGAUCAAAACUUAUGUCGGCGCCACAAACAAUUUCUCUCGCCGGUUGAAACAACACAACGGUGAACUAAAAGGUGGUGCAAAAGCAUCUCGUGCAGGAAGGCCGUGGAUUUGUGCUUGUCUUGUACAAGGAUUUACGAACAAAAGUAAAGCUUAUGUGUUUGAAUCGAAAUGGAAAACCGUUUCAAGAAAAUCGCCCCGAAAACGUAGUAGCCAAAAAACAGAGCAAACUGAUAGUAAUCCACAGCUAUUACUAUUACAACACAGAUAUGCAGCUCUAAAUAAAGUCAAGGAUUUAGUUGACUGUGGUCAUCUGGAAAUCGAGUGGCGCUUAGAUCCUACGUAAUCGAUCCACUGUGGAAAAGAACAGAGGUCUCACUGAACGACUAAGUUCGAUUUACAGUUACCAUUACUACAGGUAAAAAAAAUCGAUUUAUCCGAUACUUAGUAGGUGUGAAACAACGGAUGGUUCAGAUCCCACUUUUCGAAACUCGGAUCGGAAAUGGAACUUGAAUGAUUUAUAGUACUAAUUAGUGAUGGAUUAAUCAGAUCAGUUGGUUAGUGUUAGUAAACAUAUUUAUAUUAACUAAUAAAGUAUAGUGAAAACUUGAGAGAAAAAAUUAUGUGAAUGUAUUGAUAAAUCUGUAAAUUUAUGGAUGAAAUUUUAGAAAUUCUUCAUUUGUUAAUUUUUUUUUUUUUUU